GGAUGACCCCGCAGAAAAACGCAGUGAGUACAAGCCGUUUCAAUCAAUCCUGAUUGUAACUCAACAACCACCAACAAACGAUCGUUAUGACGAGUUUCUAGAAUCAGUGAGGAAAUAUUCGCAGCUGCCACCAUUUGAAAUUCCCUAUCCCGAGGGAUUAGAAAUUGGAAUCCCUAUCUAUGCCAGCCUCGCGUACGACGCCGUCAUGAUUUACGCAGGAGCACUUACUAAAGCUUUGGCUGACGGUCAUCGAGAGGAUAAUGGCACGGCUAUCUUCAGUUAUAUACAGGGAUAUAGAUAUGAAAGCAUUGUGGGAUGCAACCAAACUAUAGAUGAGAACGGAGAUGCUGAAGGAUAUUAUAGUCUACUAGCUUUAAUGGAUAACGCCAAUAAAACAUCUCUUGACGAAGCUAAAAGUAUGCAACCCGUGGGCCAUUUUGUACCUGAAGAAACAUUUUCACUUCCGAAACUGAUGUUGAAAAAGAAUAUUCAGUUGUUCAAUGGAAAGCCUCCUCGUAGCGAGCCAGAAUGUGGCUUCCACGGAGAAUACUGCAAACCAGCACUACGAGUAUUUCCAAUACUAAACGUGUUGUAUUCUCCUGUUAGUCACUAUCGCUAUGAAAAGAAGAUGGCAAGAAAACUAUGGAAGGUUGAUGUUAAGGAUGUAAUGCUACUCAGGACGAAUUCGGAAUACGCUCUACAAAAUAUCCGCAACCAGAUGAACGCAAUGGGCUACGAUUUAAAAAAAUUCGGAAGUUUGAAAUCCAAAUCAAGUACUGACAGAGAUGAAUAUAAAGUAGGCUUCUUUAAAGGCAAUGUUGUAUUUGUAAAACAUAUUUGUAAACGUACCAUUGACGUGACAAGAAGCCUUUGUAAAGAACUUAUUCAGAUUCGUGAAAUGAGACAUGAAAAUAUCAAUCCCGUUAUUGGCGCAUGCGUAGACCCUCCGAACAUUUGUAUUUUGACAUUAUUUUGUGCGCGAGGAAGUUUAGAGGAUGUACUGAAAAACAAAGACCUGGACCUCGACAGCAUGUUUGUCGCGUCAUUAGUGGCUGACCUUAUUAAGGGUAUGAUUUAUCUACAUGAGAGCGACAUCAUCUCCCAUGGCAACCUGAAGUCAUCUAACUGCCUGGUGGACACUCGAUGGGUCUUACAGAUUACCGACUUUGGUCUUCAUGAAUUCCGCGGGGGGCAGGAAAUGACCACAAAGCAGACAAGAAGAUAUCAAAAAGGGCUUCUUUGGAGAGCUCCAGAAUUGUUAAGAAUGCUCAAUCCUCCCGCUAGAGGGACUCAGAAAGGAGACGUUUAUUCAUUUGGUAUUAUAUUGUUCGAAAUUGUCGGCAGAACGGGUCCUUGGGGGUCAUCCGCACCUCCUGUAAAAUGUUGGCCAAAGAAAAAUAAUAUUUUUGAUAACAUGAUGGCAAUGAUGGAGAAAUAUGCCUACAAUUUAGAAGGUUUGGUCCAGGAAAGGACUUAUCAAUUAAUGGAAGAGAAGAAGAAAACUGAGAACUUGCUCGUCCGUAUGUUACCAAAACCAGUAGCAGAACAACUGAAACGUGGAGAACAAGUGCAGGCAGAAAGUUUUGAUUGCGUCACAAUCUACUUCAGCGACAUUGUUGGCUUCACCGCUCUUUCUGCUGUCAGCACGCCUCUACAGGUGGUUGACCUCCUGAAUGACCUGUACACGUGCUUCGACUCUAUAAUCGGCAACUAUGACGUGUACAAGGUGGAAACAAUUGGCGAUGCCUACAUGGUUGUGAGUGGUCUACCCUUAAGGAAUGGGGACAAACAUGCUGGCGAGGUAGCUUCCAUGGCCCUACAUCUUUUAGGGACGAUUCAGAACUUUGAAAUAAGACACAGAAAAGGAGAACAAUUAAAACUAAGAAUUGGCAUUCACUCCGGUCCUUGUGUGGCAGGAGUAGUAGGACUCAAGAUGCCUAGGUACUGUUUGUUUGGAGACACAGUCAACACAGCUUCCAGGAUGGAGUCUACUGGAGAGGCAUUGAGAAUUCACGUUAGCGGAGAAACCAAGAAAAUACUUGAUAAGAUAGGAGGCUACUCCUGUGAAGAACGAGGCCUAACGACAGUAAAAGGCAAAGGCGAAAUGCGUACUUACUGGCUCAUUGAAAAAGAAGGAUCGUUGAUUUCCGGACGUAGCCAGGUCACAUCCGAAGAAAUUCUGAACAGUUUUGAAGACUUAAACGCAUCUUUCACUGGAGACGAUGACGAUGAACCCGACCUCAUAUCAUCAGUGAGGCCCGCUGCGACGUCUCUUCUUCACUCGUCCCAGAAUUCUCCGGAGGUGAAAAUGUUGCUUAGUAACGAGUCUGACGAAGAAACCGUUGGAAAGGGUAGGGGUGAAAGAAGAGUAGUCAGCCAGGAAUACAGCAGUUGCUUAACCUUGUUUCAAGAAUGUAAAAGGACAAUACUGAGAGACCUCCGGUACAGCGGGCGUUCUUCAUUUAACGGCUACAGAUCCGCCCCAAUAAUAUCAUUAAGGGAGAAAUCUUCUUGUCACAAUUACUUAUUGUAAUUUAUGGAACUGUUUUCCCUCUAGGGGCGCUCGUGGAUUCAGGCUGAAAAGAUUGGCUACAGUAUUCUGCUCAAGUGAUGUCUGUAAUGAAGUGAAAGUUAAAUGCGUGACUUUGGUUUUAGUGCUUUCUGGCUUAUAACAGAGCCAAUCUUUUGCAUGACCUCAAAUUUUUUGUUAGUGAGAUGUGUAUGUUUGUGAUCAAGUUAUUUCCCUGUAUAUAACACGGUUUACGAAUCUAUUUCCCUAGCUCUGAAUAACAUCCAUUUAGUUUAAUCUGUUUCCCUAGCUCUUAAUAACAUCCACUUAGAUUAACCUAUUUCUUUAGCUCUGAAUAACAUUCACUUAGGUUGACCUAUUUCUUUAGUUCUGAAUAACAUCCACUGAGGUUGACCUAUUUCCCUAGCUCUUAAUAACACCCACUUAGAUUUCCCUAGCUCUUAAUAAUAUCCACUUAGAUUUCUCUAACUGUGAAUACCAUCCACUUAGGUUGACCUAUUUCCCUAGCUCUUAAUAACAUCCACUUAGAUUAACCUAUUUCCCUAGCUCUGAAUAACAUCCAUUUAGAUUAACCUAUUUCCCUAGCUCUUAAUAACAUCCACUUAGAUUAACCUGUUUCUUUAGCUCUGAAUAAUAUCCACUUAGAUUAACCUAUUUCCCUAGCUCUUAAUAACAUCCACUUAGAUUAACCUAUUUCCCUAGCUCUGAAUAAUAUCCACUUAGAUUAACCUAUUUCCCUAGCUCUUAAUAACAUCCACUUAGAUUAACCUGUUUCUUUAGCUCUGAAUAAUAUCCACUUAGAUUAACCUA